GACUGUUCAGUCUAUAACAUUUUCUUUCCAACUCUCCACUCAACACCACCAACAACACCGCCAAGAUGUCGGACGACGAGGAUCGCGUGACCAUGCCCUUCAAGUUCGUGACUGGUGAGUCGUCCGGCUUCGACGCUCGCUUUCCGAACCAGAACCAGACCAAGCACUGCUGGCAAAACUACGUCGACUAUCACAAGUGCAUUCUCGCCAAGGGAGAGGACUUCAAGCCUUGCCGCCAGUUCUUCCUCGCCUACCGAUCCCUCUGCCCGGCCUCAUGGGCCAACCGAUGGGAUGACCAGCGAGAGGCUGGCACCUUCCCGCUCAAGUUGGACCAGUAGAUUUAUCUACGAUGGAGUAGCGAUGGGGUGCGGCUGUCAAGAGACAUGAAUGGGGUUCGAGACGCAUCUAUGGAGGCUGGGGUUUUUUAUAUCAGAUGACACUGUGUACAUAUGUAUUAGCCAAGGCGGAUGCACAAUCCUGAUACUUGUCCCACUA